AUGACUACUGUUGGAGAGCAGGUUAGAGCCUUCCCUCGACUAUGUGAUGUGCUACGAGUGCUGCGGGAGGAACAAGACCAGUGCCUGCAGGAACUCUCCAAAGAGAGGACAGGAGACCUAGGCAUGGUGCAGCCAGUCCCAGGCUGCAAGGGACUGUGGGACAACAUGAGCUGCUGGCCCUCGUCUGAGCUGGGACAGACUGUGGAAAUGGAAUGUCCACAAUUCUUCCGGGUGCUCACGGGCAAAAACGGUUACAUGUUCCGAAACUGCACACAGGGCGGCUGGUCAGAAACCUUCCCCAGGCCUGACCUGGCCUGUGGUGUUAAUGUGAACGAUUUGUCCAACGAGACCAACCAGAAGCGGCACCAGUACCUGCUGAAGCUGAAGGUCGUGUAUACCGUGGGCUAUAGCUCUUCCCUGGUGAUGCUCCUGGUUGCCCUCAGCAUCCUCUGUUCUUUCCGAUAGGCUUUCUGCAGGGGAGGCAGAGAUGACUGCCAGCAACUGCACGGGAGGCUCCACUGCACCCGCAACUACAUCCACAUGCACCUGUUUGUGUCCUUCAUCCUGCGUGCCCUGUCCAUCUUCAUCAAAGAUGCUGUGCUCUUCUCAGAUGAUGGUGUCCACUGCGAUACCCACAGGGUGGGCUGUAAGCUGGUCAUGGUCUUCUUCCAGUACUGCAUCAUGGCCAACUAUGCCUGGCUGCUGGUGGAAGGCCUCUACCUCCACACGCUGCUCGUCAUCUCCUUCUUCUCAGAAAGGAAGUGCCUCCAGAGAUGUGUUGCCCUUGGAUGGGGUUCCCCUGCCAUUUUUGUUGCUUCGUGGGCUAUCACCAGGCACUUUCUGGAAGAUGCUGGGUGCUGGGACAUCAACACCAAUGCAUCUGUCUGGUGGGUCAUUCGAGGGCCUGUGAUCCUCUCCAUCCUGAUUAAUUUCAUCCUUUUUAUAAACAUUCUAAGAAUCCUGAUGAGAAAACUUAGAACUCAAGAAACAAGAGGAAAUGAAGUAAACCAUUUUAAGCGUCUGGCCAAGUCCACCCUCCUGCUGAUCCCUCUCUUUGGCGCCCACUAUAUCAUCUUUGCCUUUUCAUCAGAUGAUGUUAUGGAGAUCCAGCUGUUUUUUGAACUGGCUCUUGGCUCAUUCCAGGGCCUGGUGGUGGCUGUCCUCUACUGCUUCCUCAAUGGGGAGGUACAGCUGGAGGUUCAGAAGAAGUGGCGGCAGUGGCACCUGCCUGAGUUCCUACUGUGCCCCGUGGCCUUCAGCGACUCCUUCAGCAACGGCACCAGCGGCCUCACCCACAGCACCAAGGCCAGCCCUUCGGAGCCGAGCCCAGGCACCUGCAGGGCCAGCAUCAUCUGA